AUGGAGGAGAGGGCACAGACCAGUGAAGAGGGUGGUUUGGGAACGCGCUUCAGGAUCCGCGCCAAUCAGCAGUACACUUGCACGCGAGGACACGAAGACCAAUCGCGCCGCUCUUCUUCUUCGUCGUCGUCAAAAAAAAAGGGGAAAAAGGGGGGUCAAAGAGUGGACAACAACACAGUUUCACAGAAAAAAGACAAGCAUGUUGACAAGCAGGAUGUGACAGAAAAAAAGCCUGGUAGAAAACAAAAGAAAAUGACCAGAGGUAUUAAGGGACUAAAAAAGAAAGACAAGGAAAAAGACAAACCACCUACAGAUCAGAAAGUGGACUUCCCAGAACCUUUGGUAAAAGCUCACCAAGCUGCUUAUGCUUUUUUGAAUCCUAGCAUAAACAAAUAUGACGAUUUACUAGGACUUUUGGAACAAGCAACCCAAACGCAGGUUUCUGUGCAGACUAUGGUUGCUUUUAUGGCUCUACGCUAUGAGGAAAUAAUUCAGGGUCUGGAGGAGAUGGCCGACGAGGGAGAAAAAGUUUUAAAAGAAAAUGGAGAACAUCUUGCUUGGCCAAGUCAAAUGAAAAACCUCUCAUCUUCUCCACCUUUGAAGUCUGGCUCUGCUAAUAUUGAGCCCCCACCGGAUUUGUUGCAGCAGCUGCUUCAGUACACCACACAGAGAAUGCAAAAUGUGAGCCAGACUGUGGGUGGAAUUGGGGAGUCUGCUUUGGAGGAGGCAGUGGAGUACUUUGCCUCUGUCUCAGAGCUUUUAGAGGAAAAACUGAAAGUCAAACAUGCAGUAGAGACUAGGCUAAUGCGACUCUUAUCUCGCAUUGAAAUGGCCUCUCUGCGCAAGCCUGGGCCAGAGGAUUCUGCUCUCUUUAGUGAGGACAGUGGUAUUGGAGCUGAGAGUGAAUCCCUUGCUGGAUCUGAAAGACGCCAUAGACGAGAGAGCUGUGCGUCCACUGGGACAAAUAGAACUACUCCUGUCAGUCCUAUGGGAUAUACCUCCAUGACCAUUAGGCAAAGGGUAUCAAGGCAGAAGCUUGCAAGUCAAAUAAGUCCGAGUGUUUCUCUCACCUCACUCAACUCAUUAGGUUCUAUAUGUACCAUAAUGGCUAAUCACCAAAAAGACUCAUUGCUAGGAUCAGUCUCCUUAGAUUAUGGGGAGGAAGAUGACAAUGGUGAUGACGAGAUGGAUAAAGGCAUGGAAGAUGUAGGUUUUAGACCACGAUCAAAUUCUUCACCUGUAGACCGUGAACAACAACACCCACGCCGGCUACCCCCAAAGCGCAUAGAGAAUCCUCGAAAUGUCGAAAUGACUCUCAAAAUGAAAAAUGCUAUAAGUGGUAGGAUAGAGUUUGUCCCAUCACAGGAUGCUAAUGCCAAAACAAAGAUAGUUGGCAGCCCAAAAACCAGUAGACACCAGUGGACAGAGGAGGAGGAACAAUCUCCAAGGAGGCCUCAAACAACAGCACCUCGGAAGGCAGUGGUAAAAAAGACCCCAGUGACUAGGGAAAGUCGUUCCCAGUCAGCAGAAGCCCUGCGGAACAAAGGUGAAGAUCCUACUCUGCUUGAACUAGAAAGGACACAGAAGGAUUUAAACCAGAAGUUACAGAGGAUGAGUAAAAGCAAGGCAGGUGGAAGCAAAGCAGGUGGAAAGACUGCUCCAUCAAAACAAAAUCAAGGAACCUCACCAGCACAAUCUCCAGCAGUAAAUCGCAAACAUCCCUUAUUACCGAAGAACAGCAAUCCCCAACCACUUGAUGACAAAGCGGGCCUUAUAAGGAGCAACAGUAAAAAACAUGAGGUAGCCAGUGAUGUGGAAGAAGAUAAACUUAAGGACAAGAAAACAUCCAAGGGUCCAAUAAAAGCCACUCCACCCCCAAGCCCUCCUGCAUCACCACGACCAUCUUCGGGACUUUACAGAGGCAGGAACUCGGUCAAAAGACUGAUUGAUACCUUCAGCCAAGGAAUAGAGGAUCUAGAAGGUCCUAAAGUUCUGGGGCCUCUCAAAGGAGUACGAAAGUGUGGUGUUCCUGUGUUACCUGGUUUAGGGAAUGUAGAAGCUGUGCUAAGCACUGGAAUAACCAGCUGUAGACCGGAAUCCACUUCAUCUGAGAAAGCCAAUGAUUUAGAUCUGGAUAGUCUUCCUCCGCCUCCACUGGAAGUAUUAUUGGACAAUUCCUUCGAAAGUGCCCAGAGUCUUUCAACUGGUGGAGCAGAUGAUGGGGCUAUAAAAGUUGGAAAAUCACCUGUAUUAAAAAGGGCUGCAGUAUCACAUCGACUGAGGGCCUCAGUUAAUUCAGGGACAGUGUUGCCAAGUAAAGGAGGCCUGCCGCAAGCUUCCAAGGUUAUUUCCCUUGCUAGAGCAGAUCAACAAGACACAUCAGCUCCAUCAAAGUUCAGGCAACCAGAUGUCAAACUGGAGGCAGACCCAGGAAAGGAAAAGGAUUCCUUGUACCAGCAAGGCAGAAAGAGUAUACAUCUAAGACACUCUUCAGACUCACAGAGAUCUUCAACAGGUUACGUAGCAACAAAUCGAUCUGCCAGUCAAGAAGAAUCAGCAGACAUACAAGAUGGUGGCAACCUUUCAGUGCCUAGAUCUAACUCUACAGUGUCUACAGUGCCUCCUUCUUCAGUGGUCAGGAGCCAACCACCUGCCACGCCUCCCAUGCAUAGGGGGCGAAUGUUACCCUCCACACCUUCUACACCAAGUAGUCUACAUCGAAGACUUCCCAGUCCCCAUAACUUCAAAAGGCAACCUACUCCACCCUCUUCAGCUAGCUCCCCUGUUAACAGGAAACUCACCACACCACCAGUAGUUCAAGAGAGGCUCCCCAGCCCACCUGUCACAAAGCAGAAUAUUUUAAACUCAAAUACAUCCUCCUCCUACCCUUUCAAAGCACCGUCUCCACCAGCCUCGCCAAAAGUACAAAGAUGGUCAAGGGAGAACAGCAGUGAAGACUCAUCUAAUGCACGGAUGAUCAGUAAUGCACGUUCAGUGUUCUGCCCUGCAUCCCCAUCCCUGUUUGAGGCCCAUCCUUGUCCAGUUCCUCGACCCCCUCAAGCAUGGACCUCUACUGGGGUCUCUUUUCUCUCACGUUCUUGGGGGAGUCGUGGGAGGUUUCCUGUAUCUGUUCAUGGACCUCGACCCUUCAUCCGACGUAGCCAUUCAGACCGAAGGCCAAGUCUAAAUCUGCCACCAAGAUCGCCAGGCAUCUCAGUGGCUGAGACUUGUGGAAGUGAGCCAGCAAUAUGCUCACAGGGGCUGGAUGAUGAACCAACCAGGGACGAAGAAUUAUGGGGGAGCCAAUCAAACCUCAGAGCUCAACUACGCUCUGCAUCACACCCGGACCUGUGUGUUGUUGGACAGGCCUUGCACAGAGACUGAAGGGCCCAGUGAAGGGCCAGUGGGAUUAUGGAUUAGCAGGCUUUAGCAAGGAUUUAAGAAGACAGUGUUUACGCCACUGCGAAGAGAGGAAGAGCUAUUUUAUCCACUUUGCUGCAGUAACACACCUCCACAAUGUUUGUAAUAAGUUUGGCAAAAAGGUGUGCAUCUUUGCAUGCAUACUUGUGCACUUACACUUUCUGCAUAAAUAUGUUCUUGAAUUUGUUUGUGAAUAAUAUGUAUUUAAGAGGGAAAAACUAAUUUUAAUGUUUACAAUAUAUGGAACUCAUUUCCUGGUUUCAUAACAAGACUACAUAUGCAGGUGAUUAAUCAUGCUUCACACAAGGUUGCAUACUGUACGUUUACUUUCAGUUAAUUUAGUUCAGAGGCUCCUUCUUCAAAAUUCAAAUACUAUGUGGCGUCUUGGUAACUCAGUGGUCAAAGGUGUCCUUUCUCAACUUUUAUCGAUUUAAGAAAGAAAGAAAAAAAAUAAUAAAAUGUAAAUAAUAAUGGAUUAGUAUUGCUUCAUUACUGAUAGCCAUUGAAUGAACUGAAAGUAACUUGACCACAGUGCCAUGAACCAGGAUUUGAAAAUUAUUACAAGUAUUUCUUUGGUUUUUGGAAAGCCUAUUAAACCAAACAAUAAUGUCGUCAUCAAUAAUGACAUAUAUGAUUGUUGAUUGAAUUCAUUGUUAAAGUGAGACAUUAUUUCUCUUUGUUGUCAUAUGCUGCAAUCUUAAAAGUAAGGCCACCCUAAACCAGUAUUUAAGAUUUUUUGUUAUCCAAUUGUUAUUUUUCUGUUUCAUGUUUCAUUUUUACAAUUUGUUUAUCAAUAAAAAACCUCAUACAAUCAAUCAUA